AUGAUUAAGCUCAAUCAUUCUUGUAAAUGCAUUGUUAUCUUCCAUUCUUCUAAACAUAACCAGGAGACUUCAAUUUCAAUCAUUAACAACUUUACAAUUUACUAUACAGAGUUUAGGAAUGAAAGGACGCUUUCUACUUCUCAUGUUUCAACUCUCUUUAACUCUUCCUAUCAUUGUUCAUGCUCAGAAUCAAUCAGCCUUCAUUAGUAUUGAUUGUGGACUUGUGGAUGAACCAAGCUACACAGAUGAAACUACUUCCAUCUAUUACUCUUCGGAUGUCAAUUUCACAGACAGUGGUGUAAGCCACAGCAUAUCACCUAAAUAUAAGGCUUCCCUUGACAGGCAAUUCUGGAAAGUUAGAAGCUUCCCAGAUAGAACCAGGAACUGCUAUACCCUUGUUGUUCCUCAAGGAAGUGACAAAAAAUAUUUAUUGAGGGCCAGGUUUGCAUAUGGAAAUUAUGAUGGAAAAGACUUUCUUCCUGAAUUUGAUAUCUAUCUUGGAGACAGGUGGUGGGGAUCUGUGGUGUUUGAGGAUGUAUCUAGUGUAGUCACCAAGGAAAUCAUUUAUGCUGCUUCAUCAGAUUAUGCUCAUGUUUGUUUAUUCAACACGCACAAGGGUACACCUUUUAUUUCAGUUUUGGAGCUUAGAGUUCUUAACGGUGAUGCCUAUCUAGCUAACUAUUUGGAGCUAUUGGCACGGUAUGAUGUAGGCUUACAUGAUGGUGAAAUAAUCAGAUAUCCAGAUGAUGUCUAUGAUAGAAUGUGGACACCUUAUAACUCAAUUGACUGGAGAAAGAUAGAUACCACCCUCACCAUAGAUCAAGAUGCUAUUUCAUAUAAUUUUUUACCAUUGCCACCCUCUGUUGUCAUGGAAACUGCAGCAAUUCCAGCAAAUGUCAAUGGUGAUAUAAAUUUCCGCUUCCUCCCCAAGAAUAAUGCCUCCUCCUCAUGUUAUGUGUACAUGUACUCUGCUGAAAUUCAGAAGCUCCAGGCAACUGAAAUUAGAGAGUUCAACAUUUUUGUAGAUGGGGAGAUUUUAAAUAAUGCUCCGAUCAAUCCUUUGUACCUGCAGAGCGUGUAUUAUGCAGCUAUUUCAAGUGAACGUCCGUUGGAACUUUGGAUCAACAAAACUAGUAGAUCAACUCUUCCACCUCUCCUCAAUGGCAUUGAGAUAUACAUGGCAAAAAACUUCUCACAAUCAGAAACAUAUCAAACAGAUGUUGAUGGUAUCAUAAAUGUCAAGUCAAUCUAUGGGAUCAAGAGAAACUGGCAAGGAGAUCCUUGUACUCCACGGACUUACUUGUGGGAUGGUAUUAACUGCAGCUAUGCUGAAUCUGGUUCACCAAGGAUCAUAUACUUGAACUUAUCUUCCAGUGGUUUAAUUGGAAAUAUAGCUCAUGGCAUAUCCAAUCUGCAGUCCAUAGAAUAUUUGGAUUUGUCACACAACAAUUUGACUGGGGUCGUGCCUGAAUUCCUACAUCAACUACGCUUCUUACGAGUUCUAAACCUAGGAGGCAAUCAACUAUCAGGAACAAUUCCAACGCAACUCAUUGUACGUUCAAAGAAUGGUUUGCUUGAAUCCGAUUUUGGUGGAAAUCCAAAUCUUUGCGCCCCCGGUUCAUGCAACAAGAAGAAUGGGAAUAAGGUUGUAGUUUCACUGGUGGCAUCUCUCGGUGGAGCUUUCAUUAUACUAGUGAUAACUGUGAUUUCUUUAUGCAUAUACAAAACGAGACAAGUUUCAACUCGUCGGAGCAAGCAGAUUGCUUAUUCCACAAUAAAGGAGGAACUAGAGUCAAAUAAACAAGAAUUCACCUAUGCCGAAGUCUUGAGCAUUACCAGAAAUUUUGAAAGGGUUGUGGGAAAAGGAGGAUUUGCUACAGUAUACCUUGGCUGGAUAGAUCAAGAUACUGAGGUAGCUGUCAAAAUGCUCUCUCCCUCAGCUCAAGGAUGUCUGCAAUUUCAGGCAGAGGCCAAACUUCUUGCUGUAGUUCAUCAUAAAUUCUUGACUUCUCUAAUAGGAUAUUGUGACGAUGGCGAAAAUAUGGCUCUCAUCUAUGAGUACAUGGCUAAUGGAGACUUAGCAAAACAUUUAUCAGGCAAAGCCAAAAAUAUAUUGAGUUGGAACCAACGACUUCAAAUUGCAGUGGAUACUGCAGAAGGAUUGGAGUAUCUGCAUCAUGGCUGCAAUCCACCAAUUGUUCACAGAGAUGUGAAGUCUAAAAACAUUUUACUGAAUGAAAAAUUCCGGGGCAAACUAGCUGAUUUUGGGUUGUCAAAGAUCUACCCCGAUGAAGGUGACACCCAUAUGACCACAGUGGUAGCUGGUACCCCUGGAUAUCUUGACCCUGAGUACAAUAGAUCACAUAGGUUGAAGGAAAAAAGUGAUGUUUUCAGUUUUGGGAUAGUUUUGCUUGAGAUAAUUACCGGUCAACCUGCCAUAACCAAAACUGAAGAGAAAACUCACAUAAUUCAAUGGGUUAGUUCUAUAUUACUUGAAAGGGAGAUGAGUGAUAUUGUAGAUUCAAGAUUACGGGGAGAAUUUGAUAUUGAUGCCGUAAAGAAGGUCUUAGACACUGCAAUGGCAUGUGUAGCAACCACUUCCAUUAAUAGGCCAACCAUGAGCCAUGUAGUUAAUGAACUGAAACAAUGUUUGGGUUUGGCAAAGAGGAUGAGUCCUCCUCCGUCUGAAUCUGACGAUCAUGAGAGUUCAACGAACAGCUUAAUCACUGUCUCCUUUGAUGGAAUUAGUGGAGAAAGCUCUCUAGAAAGAUAGUAAAUUGUUGGGGUUAUUUUAUGGUAUUUGUGUGUGGAGAUAUUUUAUAAGAGUUAUUUUUAUAAGGUUUUUCACACACAACUCUAUAUUGUCCGUUUUGGGCCAAAGUCCUUACGGUUUUGUUUUUGGUCAUCAUCCAAAAAGUAUUUCUUUUAUUGAAGUAUGCGUGUGUUUUAUAAGUUUUUAUUUUUUCUCUUAUUUUAUUGAUAUGAAACUUGUUAAUAUCUCAUCAUAAGAGUUAUUUUUUAUAAGAAUUAUUUUUAUUUCUCUUAUUUUAUCGAUGUGAAACUUGUUAAUAUCUCAUCAUAAGCCUUACGAUUUCUCUUAUUUCUCUUACAGUUAAUAUUUUAUAAGAGUUAUUUUUAUAAGGUUUUUCACGCACAACUCCACAUGAUGAGAUAUUGUCCGCUUUGGGCCUAAGCCUUUACGGUUUUGUUUUUUGUCAUCAUCCAAAAGGCUUUUCUUUUAUUGAAGUAUGUGUGUGUUUUAUAAGUUGUUAUUUUUUCUCUUAUUUUAUCGAUGUGAAACUUGUUAAUAUCUCAACAAUAGUUAUUAUUUUUUCUUUCCCUCAAACAAGGGACCUAACCUUAAGUUAUGAGGGUUAUCCCAACAAUCUUUCCCUUAAACAAGGGACCUAAUCUUGAAUUAUGAGAGUUUUAUUUUUAGUCGUCACCCAAAAAAUCUCUCUUACAUUGAAGUAUGUGUAUAUUUUAUAAGUUGUUAUUUUUUCUCUAA